UUGUGUUUGUUAAUUUCAUUUCUUGUAAUACAUUGCAAUAAUAAAAUUUAAAAUACAUAAUCUUAAGUAUUUAUUAACAGAGUAAUUUACAAUAAUGGCUGUAUAUUUAACAUGUAUUACAUCUGCUGGAGGAAUACCUAUAUUUAACAGGAAAAAAGGCGACGGAGAACAAUUGCCAUUUUCAACAGUGGGUGCUUUGAAGGGCAUUCAUCUCUUUUGCAAGACUUAUUCUUAUGAUUUACAGUCUACCAAAAUUAAGAAUGGAUCUAUUGUUUGGAAAGAAUUUUAUGAUAGUAUAAUUCUGAUCAUAAUAUCUCCAACUACAACAGAAAUUGUUCUGCAAGAAUUUUUAUCAAAAGUUUUUUGUGCUAUGGUUUUUUAUGUUGGACUUGAUCAGCUGAAAGAUAUCAAAAGUGUUGAACGAUUGAAAAGAGAUUUAAGACCUUGUAUGUCUUUGGUAGAAAAAAUGUUAGAAAAUCUGAAUACAGAAAUAAAUUAUACAGAAUGUAUAUUAGGACCAGACACAAAUGUUCUAGCAUCUUGUCUUGAAUCAUUUAGUGAGCAAAUAGAAUCUCCUUUUUGUUGUUUGUUAAUAAAUAACCGUCUAUCAAUUGCAACAGAGGCUUGGUGGACAUUGCACUUCUUUGAGAGGCAAUUAUUGUCGCUUGUUGCUUUGUUGGAUCCUGCCAGUACAAAUUCUGUAAAAGAACUACCUGUAUUUUUACUUCAUAAGAGUCCAAAUGUUGCAUUUCGAUUAAUCUGGACACCAGUUUCUUCCAGCAGCAUUAUUUUAGCACUCUGUGGGCCAACACCAGAUGCUAGUGAAAUUACAAAUAUUAUUCAAAUGUCUUGGCAAAAGGCUCAUGAAGCAUUAGCUGCUGCUUUACUUUGCGCACCAAGAAAUUUUCCAUUGCAUAUUCAGAUUGAUCCAACAGUAUUAGGCAUCCUGCUAAUUAAUUUUAAAAUUGGCAAGUAUGUCAUAUCUCGUAGUCCACAAUUAACUGGUUUGAAAAGAUCAGUAAGUGGUGCGCACCGUGUUGAUGUUUUGCAUGCAUUCCAUAAUCAAAUAAUAAAAACAACCAUGGCUGCAAAUAGGUUUAAUGAUGAUAAUACAUCAAAUAGUUUAGGCAGUACAUCAUCUAGGGGUAAUAAAUCACCUCAUAAUCAGAUCUGUGACUUAUUUUGGGAUGGCUUUGAAAGCUACUGGUGCAGUGAAUAUCACAAAUGCCAUUGCUUAGUUGAAGGAGACAAUAUGAUGUGUAUUAUGUAUACUUCAGUGAUGCCUGUCUGCACAAUGAGAAUUGUGACACAGAAGACACUGAAGUUAUUUCUAACAGAUAAACACAUCCAUUGGUAAUUUUAUAUAAUAAUUUGACUGAUUUAAUAAUCAUAAUAUCAAAAUAUAUUAUUAUUACAUUUAUAUUUAUAUUAUUACAUUACACUAUAUAUAUAUAUGAGUAAGUACU